GUUCACCAUGUUUGAUCCUUUAUGUGUUACUUCGUAGAAAGGUGGUGAAAGUUAUCGAUUAAGAUUAUCAUAAUUUCGUAACAUUUAUAAUUAACGAAUUAACAAUGAAACCUUUCACCGAAUUAAUAUAGUUUAGUCAAAAAAUAGAGGAACUUACUACAACGAAAACAACACUUGUGCCAUACUUUAUUCAUAAUGAUUUGAUCUUCUGCUUUGAAUACUCCACAACCACAUCUCGCACAAGUCAUUUUGAUUUUCAGUACAAUAUAUUAAUCGAGAAUUAGAAAAAAAAAUGGGGAAAACCAUAUCGAGACUUGAAAUUUAGAAAAAAAAUUGGCAUAUUUUAAAAGUCCCGCAGUAGCCGUCAAAUUGAAUUACUUAAGUGACAUCUGGUGGUGAACUUGGUGUAACUACAUUGACAGUGAAAUUUUGUCAUAACCAUGAAAUAAUAAAACAAUCUAAAGCAAAAGUUCUAGUUUUUCUGAAAAUACUGUGAUUUGUUAGUGUUUUUUGUGUUAAAGUGACCUAUAUAGAUGUUAUUUCGAUAAAUUGCAGUAACAUGGCAAAUAUCCAAAACUACAAAAGUCAAACUACAAAACUACACAAAUCUUGCUUUAGUAGGUGAAAUAUUCGCUAAAAAAAUGUAGUUUCUCAAGCUUAACUGAGAUACGUAACAGAAACCUUAAGACUGUAUAAAAAAAAAGAAAAAGAUUGAUCGCAACGUCCUUAUAGAGACAAAUAACGUUUAAAAGUUAAGAUAUAUAUUUUUGUGGUAUAAAAUGGCUACUCAAGAGGACAAAAAGAAGUUUUACUGUAGGGAGUGGGCGUUUCAAAAACUUUCACAUUGUCUGGAUCAACGACCAGUUUCAAAAACCUGUGGGGCCCUUCUAUUAGGAGGUCCUGGUUGUGGCAAAACAACAUUUUGCUCCGAACUUUGCUGGCCCUCUCAGGGACCUGCCAGCAGACAACAGAGGGCUCUAAAUAGACGUUUACUAUGUUACCAUUUUCUACAGGGCCAUAACGAAAAGAGUUUGUCACUGAGCGAGUUUGUACGAUCUUUGGUAACACAAAUUUUGAAUCAUUCCACCGAAAGUCACAGGGAACGGAGCAUCAGACGAAGAAUAGCUCAAGAAACACAAAAGGAUGAUAGCGGCAAAGGCUUGAGUCCUAAGAUAGCAAAAAAUAUUUCCUAUGAACAAAAUUUGUCUGAGAAUUGUAGUUUGCCUCCAGAAAAUUUGUACAGUAAUGUAUACUCGGAUAGCUUGCUGUCUCCUUCGUUAGAUUCUAAAAAAUUGCACGAGACUCCUCCGAUACCAAGUCUGCCGAUCAAUCCACGUACCGUUAUAGCAGAUGCGUAUUUAGAAAAACUAAAAUCGGAUCCGGAGAUACAGAUAGCGCUUAGAGCUAAAAAUAUAGAGCUGAACCCAGACGACUGCCUUAAACGAGCACUUUUAUUCCCUUUGCUCGAAAUAGACCCUCCAAAAACCUCCUUAUUCAUAUUAAUCGAUUCUAUAGAUGAACAUUCUUUUGUAUAUUCAAAUUCCACCCUAACCAGGUGCAAACCUAGAGAACGAAGUUCUCAAAGUAAGACUAUAGCUGAGUUAUUAGCAAAUCACCAUCAUCUCUUCCCCCAGUGGUUACUAUUAGUGUGUACGGCAAGAAAACAAUCGAAAAGUAUUGCUAAAAUGUUUACAGGUUUUAGAAAGUUAAGUUUAGACGAUUUGAGAAAAUCCCAAGUAGUUCGUGAUGUACAGCAAUAUAUUCUAGCUAGGUUAGACCAAGAGAACAGUUUACGACAGCACAUAAGCAGGGACACGGCCGAAAUGCUGAACCAGCUGCAUAUAAAAAGCAACGGUUGCUUUUUGUAUUUAGAAAAAGUAUUAGACGGCGUUUCCGAUAGCUUUAUAGUGUUAAGAGAGGUUAGGGAGAUACCAGGGACGUUGAAUGGGUUGUAUUUGUGGUUAUGUCAAAGAUUAUUUAACCGAAGACAAUUUGCAAAAGUGCAGCCAUUAUUGAAUGUAAUUCUUGCUGCGAAAUGUGCUUUAAACGACGUUCUUUUAUACGACAUUGUCAAAGUAUACAAUCCUAAAAUAACCACAGAGGAUUUUAAGAAAAGGUAUCACCUGUUGCGGAGGGUAAUUAUGGUUUCGAAGGGAGGCACUAUAAGACUAUUCCACCAUUCCUUUGCGGAAUGGCUUCUUGACAUUAAACAUUGUACUCAGAAAUAUUUAUGCAAUAUUUUCCACGGACACUGUAUACUAGCAAUGUAUUAUACCUUACACGCCAAGGUAUUGAACAACCAAGAGAUAUACGAUUACGCUUUUCACUUGACGCGAAUGGAGCAAUAUUUAUCCGAAAAAUCAAAUCAAAAAUGUCCCACGCUGAUAUGCAAAUUGUCGCAAGAAAAACACAAUUCCACUUCUCAAGGCGACAAUAGUUUAGAAAAAACGUCGACCGAAAUAUACUCGGAUCUCAAAGCUUUACAGGAAUUAUCGAAAACUUACGAAAAGGAACUGGAUAUGGAGAAUUUGGAAACUAGUUUCGUCGAGACCGAAGUGAGCCAAAACAAUUUGGACGAAUGUCAGUUCAAUUUGGAUCUAAGUUUAAACAAAUUAGAGCAGCAGUAUGAGAAUAUUAACAUAAAGAGUCCCGUGUCGGAUAAAAAUCCUAUUUAUGCCGAAAUUAACAAGAGCAAGAAAUCAAAAAAUCAUCACUCUAAGGUCGCUGAAGUGACGCAUAACGUGGAGAACGGUUCAUCGCAAAACAACGCUUCGUCUCGUGAUCAAACGAAGAAUGGCAUACUGGAUUUUCAUACGUUGACAGUGCUUUGGUUAAUCAACAGUGGGUGCAGCGUGGAGGAAUGUCUGUUGGAGGGCAACGAAAUGGCUGGUGUAAAUUUCGGUGCUUUCUUGCCGACGGAUCAGAAGGUGCUUAAGCUGCUUCUGGAGGCGGGUGCUGUGGAACAAGUGGACGCGGAUGGAUGCGACUAUGAGAGCCAGAUGUCUCUGGCUAGUACGUCUAGUGAGCAGAGUCCGGAGCCACUGUUUGAUAUCCACGAUAUGCAUGGACAAGCAGCCCUCCACGUCGCUGCUAGAUUAGGACAAGCACAAGUUGUCAAGGUUAUUUUGGAGGCAGGAGCUAAUGCUGAUCAAGCGGACGUAGAUGGUUGGACUCCCCUUAGAGCAGCUGCGUGGGGAGGACACACUGAGGUGGUAGAACUGCUCGUCAAACAUGGCUGCACCCUCGACAGUGUCGACGCCGAAAAUCGCACAGCCCUACGAGCGGCUGCUUGGUCGGGCCACGAAGAAAUAGUCAAAAUUCUCCUCCAACACGGCGCAAGUGUUAAUUUGACAGACCACGAAGGUCGGACGGCGCUCAUAGCGGCGGCUUAUAUGGGCCAUUCGGAAAUUGUAGAGCAUCUGUUAAAUUUCGGAGCAAAUAUCAACCAUGCGGACGCCGAUGGUCGAACGGCGCUAAGCGUGGCCGCCCUCUGUGCGCCUAGAACACCAGGAGCUAACGUGGUUGCAACUUUGUUGGAGAGGGCGGCUACCGUCGAUCAUAAGGACAAGGAGGGGAUGACGCCGUUACUGGUUGCUUCAUUUGAAGGACACAGGGAUGUAUGCGAGCUGCUUCUGGAAAACGAAGCUGACGUCGACCAUUGUGACCACGGUGGAAGAAGCCCACUUUGGGCGGCUGCAAGCAUGGGGCAUGCACCAGUGGUAGCUUUAUUGCUAUUCUGGGGCUGCUGUAUAGACUCGAUGGAUUCAGAGGGACGCACUGUAUUAUCAGUUGCCGCAGCUCAAGGUUGCGUUGAAGUAGUCAAACAGCUGCUGGACAGAGGUUUGGACGAACAGCAUCGUGAUAAUUCGGGCUGGACCCCGUUACAUUACGCAGCAUUUGAGGGUCACCUCGAUGUAUGUGAAGCUUUAUUGGAAGCAGGAGCAAGAGUGGACGAGACUGACAAUGAAGGCAAAGCCCCUUUGGCCUUAGCCUCACAAGGCGGACAUACGGCUUUAGUCAAUUUAUUUAUAGAUAAAUACAAUGCACCGAUAGAUCAAAGGCCUCAUGACGGAAAGACUGCUUUAAGAUUGGCUGCUUUAGAAGGCCAUUACGAUAUUGUGCAAAUACUAGCCUCGAACGGGGCCGAUUUAGAUUCCAAAGACGCAGACGGUAGAAGCACAUUGUACGUUUUAGCCUUAGAUAAUAGAUUGGCUAUGUCCAAAUACUUUUUACAGCAAGGUGCAGACGUAGAAACAAGAGAUUUAGAGGGUCGUACGCCUUUGCACGUGUCAUCGUGGCAGGGACACACGGAAAUGGUGUCGCUGUUAUUGACGUACGGUAAAGCUCAAGUAGACGCUUGCGAUUUAGAAAAUAGGACGGCUUUACAUUCGGCUAGCUGGCAAGGGCAUAGCGAAAUUGUUAAGAUGCUUUUAGAACACGGUGCUAUACCCGAUCACACAUGCAAUCAGGGUGCUACUGCUUUAGGUAUAGCGGCGCAAGAGGGUCACGAACUUUGUGUAGUGGCUUUGUUGGAACACGGAGCUGAUCCUAGUCAUUCGGACGCUUGCGGUCGGAAUGCGUUAAGGGUUGCCGCCAAAUCUGGACAUAGGGGAGUAGUAAGACUGUUAGAAGAAUACAAUGCAAGAUCGCAUAAAGUGGCGCAUACUAGUAGUAGCGCCAACUCCAUUACCUCAGCUUCCACUGCAGAGACUAAGCCCUCGUGCGCCAUUUUGUAUCCUUCUGGAGGCACGGCUGAUUGGUCGGAUCAGCAAAGAAGAUCGAUGGUUUCCCUGGGGAACCAUAGUUCGAAUUCCAAGUCUAGUUCUAACCUCACUGGAUCGAGUCAGUCCAGUAGGCACGGAGAUAGGCCUAGAGAAAUUGUACAAAAUACUCAGCCCAUGUCUUUUACGCAGCAACUUCAACAAUGUACAAGAGGCGGUAAAACGCGGCCUUUAAGCAAAUUGUUGUCACCAUUACAGAGCGAACCACAGAGUCCUAUUUACGCUUCACCACCCUUAAGUCCAGUGAAUGAUGCCCCCAACGUUUUCGAUUCGUUUUUGGGCGCCAUGAACAUAUACCAACCAGUUUUGAGGCAUAAUAACUUCGCAAAAGCGCCCGAUACUCAUUUUGCACGCGACACGCACAUGAGGAUCAUUUUGGGUAACACCAGUGGCUCCCCCUUUACCAAGGACAAGAAACAUGACUCCGUACAGGAAUCUACCAAUUUAAAAUCAAGCAAUCAAAAACAGAAGAGGAACGGCAUCGUGACGAAUCCAGCGUUGCGCCUCGUCGCCAACGUUAAAAACGGACUGGAUACGGCGGCCGCAAAUCUUCGCAAAUCCGCGUCGGGUGCUAAUCCGGCUUCGAAAACGAACAGUUUCCAUUGGCGAAAAGAAACGCCUUUGUAAGAGGUUAAUGGAUUAAAUUCACAGCCAGCUAGUCAAUAUAACGGUGAGUUUCUUAAUAGGACAUUCUUGUGCUUAAUGGCGGACUGCAAAGUUUAAUUUUUAUUAAAUCAAUAAUGGCGAUUGUACAAUUUAGCUUUUAUUUAUAACAUGUCAUCACCAGUGGCGGCUUCUGCAGUAUGUAUCUGGGUGGUAGUAAUGGCAUCUAGCGGCAUUCAAGUAGAGUAGUCGCCAAUAAACAAAAAUACGAUAGUCUGACAGCCGCCCG